UUCGCAAAUGGCCAUGGCGAUGAUGAGGGCGGCUCAUAUUGUGUCUGUCCUGGUGGUUACUGUGCUAUCAGAGACUCUGUCCACAGACGUGUACCCCUUGUCCACCCUUCCUCCCGCCCUGCACAGUCCCUUCCAGGACCCUCGAAUCUGUCCGCAGAUAACGGAGUAUUGUUUCUCUUACGACAGAACCUCCAUCAUAGGUCCUGACAACUGGGACCUGGUGUGCGACACUUCUCCAUGUUUCGGUGGCUCCAAUCAGUCCCCUGUGCUCAUCUACCCCAAACUGGUCAAGUACUUCUGUGACCCAUACCACCGCCUUGGCUAUCCCCCUAGUCACGUGGUCACCGGCCUGCUGGAAAACGACGGGUACUAUCCAAACAUCGCCGGCUAUGACAUGGCCAGCGCCGUGCUGCAAGGAGUGCCCGGCUACACUGACUGCAGGUUCAUGUUUAGCAGCAUGCACAUCCACGUGGGCGGGGCCGGAGCUCGCCACGGCACUGAGAACAGAGUGAAUGGAAAACGAUAUGAUGGCGAGAUGCACCUCAUCAAUGAACGCGAAGGAGGCAAAGGCAGUGGCAGCGUGGCCGGACAAGCGGUCGUUGCAGUCUUUUUAUCUACCCGCUACGGACAACACAGCCCUCAAUUAGACGACAUCCUCAACCGGCUCCACGGGAUCCAAAAUUAUACGGGAGAUCACGUGUGUACUGAAUCACCGUGUACAAGAAGAAUGAAAAGCCGGAUGAUGAACAGAAUGGCAAAUCAGAGAGCAUGCCCUCACUUCGCGUCUGGGUUUGGCAAUUGUGGUGGCCUGAAAGUGAGCUUUAACCCAGACCAAUUGCUGCCUCCAUCACGUGACUUUUAUUACUACUACGGUUCUCUAACCACGCCUACUUUGUCUGAGAGCGUCUUGUGGCAGGUGAUGAUGGAGCCGUUGAAGAUAACCCGGAAACAGCUGGCACUCAUCCGAGCCAUGGAGACGCGUUUCCCAGGCAAAUAUCUCGCCGACAACGGCAACCUGCGUCCGACACAAGCACUUGGUGGGAGACGUAUCCUGGCCAACUGCUGCCACAACAAAUACUGAUCUGUGCACGAAUGCGUUCUCUUCAGUUCUGUCGAGUUGGUUAUUGAUAGUAUGUAAGCCGUAUGCAGACGAUCACAGGGAGCCAUAUACGGGUAACGGUACUAGGGGUAGCCGAACACGGGGAGCCGACAGAUUAAAUUUUUAGUACUGAGUACUGACAGAGGUUAUCUCCCAUUUGACAGACACCCAAAUGACAGACACUGAACUAGAAGGUUAAUUAGGGUAACACCUACGAGUAUAAUGGAACAGUCCACUGUCUGGUGAGUAGAGCAGGGUGAGCCUGAAACAGGUACGUUACUGAGAAGUUGGAUUGUGGGUAGAUAGAACUUUGUUGUGAAUAAAUGAUAAAUGAUUUCUUUUCUCAAAAUUGAUUUUACUAUCAAUUACUAUCA